AUGAGUGUCGAAUAUGAAGUUCCUCCAAGCACAAUUCCAGAAUGCAUUUAUAAAUGUGCAGAAAUGAACGCAACUGCAGCUGUAUUUGAUGCAGAGAAAGCCAUUUAUACGUAUGCAAACAUCAUCAAAGAAAUGGAAACAUUAGCUGCGGGUCUGCUGUCAACGGGUCUUAGAUCACAAGAUCGCGUACUGAUUUGUGGAUCAAAUACAGCUCAUUUCUUCAUCUCUACCUUGGCUUGUGCUAGAGCUGAUUUAAUAUUUUCGCUUCUCAAUCCAAAUCUUGCAAAUGCUGAGCAGCUCAAAUAUGCUCUCAUUAAGGGAGAAUUUCGAGCUAUAAUCUGUUUUCCAGCCAAUCGCGAAGUUGAAUUUCUUAAUAAUUUGCUGAGUGAAAUAUCUCCAGAACUAUUGCGUUCAGUCAAAGGUCGCUUGUAUAGUAAAGCAAUACCAAAGUUGACGCACGUAAUUAUGGCAGAAGAAGACCACAGACAUGCUGGCACUUUUACGUUAUCAGAAGUGUACGGACGAAGUAAUCGUGAGAAAAUCGACAAAUUACCAGAUUUCACGCAAUGGAGUCCGCACAAAAUUGCAGCGUUACAGUUUACUUCCGGUAUUUCUGCUCCAGCAAAAUUAGUCGCUCUGACUCAUUACCAGUUAAUAAAUAGCUGUCGAGCUGUUAGUCAGGCGACCGGUUGCAAUAAUAAUUCUGAUGCACCACUAGUUUCACUAGAAUUGAUCUAUCUUAGAAGCAGAAAGUGUUCUGUUUCUAAGAUUCUAGUGAAAGAUAGACCAAUUCUAGAUGGAUCAAAGAGCUGCAUAUGUUGUGCAUUACCACUCUUCAAGAUUCCGAUAUUUGCUUUUGUUGGAUUAUUACCAUUUAUCAGUCAUACAAGAGUGAUAUAUCCAUCACCUUCACCAAUACCAAAAUUUCUUUUCGAUUCUGUCAAAAAAUAUCAGUGUACGCACUUGGUGUCAAAUGCGGUUGCAUUGGGUUUAAUCCUUCGAAUAGCUCAAACUCAAAAUAUACGUCUACCAUCAAUCGAAAGCGUAAUUCUCCUCGGAGAACGUGUACCUGUUGAUGUUAUCGAUAAUAUUAGCAAACAGUUUGAAAAUGUAAACAAAGUGAUGAAUGGUUAUAUGCUGACAGAAGUUGCGUCAGUACCAAUCAUGUCAACUGGUCUUUUGAAUAUGAAAGGGAUUGGGAAACCUCUAACUGAUUUUGAGGUGGAUGUUCGGAAUCUUUGUAUUCCCAUGAAAUGCAGUCAUGAGAAUGCCAAAAUAGGUGAACUCUGGGUCAAAGUUAUAAAAGGGUCAAAAUUUCUCGGCUAUAAUCCGCCAUAUGAGGCAAGCGAAGAAUGGAUAGAAACAGGAGAUGUGGUGACAGUGGAUAAUGUGGGAAGUCUCGAGCUUCUCGCCAAUAAAGAAGACUUAAUUCUAAACAGUUCAGGCGAACUUAUCGAGCAUUGGUCAAUUGAGAAAGUUCUGUGUUCUCACAAUGAAAUUAAAGGGGCACAGAUCGUUGCACUCGAUAAAAAAUUACCAUUGUAUGCAUUUAUUGUACCGAAAAGUCCAAAGUCUGUUGAAAAAGUCGAUCAGAUAUUAACAGAUUUGAUUUCAUUAUGCAAAAACAAUAAGUUGAUCGUACCGGAAAAAUUUGCAGUUGUGGAUGAUUUCCCGCGAAUAAACACAAAAAUACAAAAAUAUCGAAUGCGGCAAAUGUUAGAAAAAGGCGAAAUUUCGAUGAAACCGUAA